CUACAGUUGGCGCGCUUCAUGAAAGUCGCGUUGCGAAUGUGCGACUGAUGGUCAAGAAUAGGUCCAUUGAAGGUAUGGGCUUCUAAAAAUCGCAACCUUAUUUCCUUCUGGGAUAUCCAAGGCUUUAAGGAUGGUGCAGGAUGAAGUCACCAGUUCCAUAUCUCAAGGGGGCUGAAAGAGGGAGCAAGUAAAAGAAAACACGAGAGGCAGAGUAGCCAAUAUUCAUGAAAGAAUGCUUAAGAAAGAGCAUUUUAAUAGGUUAAAGAAAAUAAGUGUUGACAAGACUGAAGACUAUUCCAAAUUGAAACUGAUAUCUUGUUGGCGGGUGUUACCAAUUAUCCGAUUCGUUGUUGGGUCCAAUAGCAGUGAAAUCUUGAGAAAACUCACAUUAUUCACUUUUAGUGAAGAAAUCGCAAGGUGCUUCGCGUUUGAUGGCGUUUUCAAAGAUUCGAACGAUCAGGUUAAACUUAAGGAUAAGUCACAAUCGUUUGAUUCUAGAGAGUUUUUGGGUCCACUACUCAAUCACUACACAUUUCCACCAGUACAUUGGUUUGGGACGUGUUUGUAUGGAGUUGUUCUAGAAGCUCUGGAUAUCAAGGAGCAGGAACAACCAGUUGAAUGUUACGAUCUAGAUAUACCCGAAGAUGAAGCCAUUAGUUAUGCAUUCGAUCACCAUUCGUUAGUAACAUCUCAGCUGCCUGAUUCAUACGAUGACAUCGUCCAAACUGCCGACGAAAUCAUUAAGGAAAUUGAUAUUCUUAUGAAUGAUAAUGAAGAUAUUCCUUUGUCAUUGUGCAAUAUGGUCCAGUCGGAGUAUAAACGUCCACUGGUGCUAGAAAAUAUCGGGAGUGAUUGGCUUCCAGAAGAAGCUAUGCAAGAUCUUUCUCUGAAUGAACUCAAUGCAUUAUUAGAAGAACUAGAAUCUUGUGUACGAGAAUAUUCUGCUAUCCUUGUUCAAGAGUUAGCGUAUAGAGAAGAAUUGGAUUUUGAACAAGAACAAAAAGAUAUUUUUAUUGCACGCUUGAAUGAAUUGCACCGCCGUCUGGAGCGUCGGAGACGUUUAAGUAUACCACCAGAUAGUCAUAUUCAGUUACUGUCGAAUUCUCUGUUGGUAAAAGACUAUGAUGAAGCGUGCACAUUUGGGCGAAACAUAGUACUCGACAAUAUGGGAUCGCCAUCGAAUUCUGUUCAUAAAGAAGUCCCACCGUUCAUUUUACGUGCACAGUCAGCAGCUCAAGCAGCGGUUGCUGCAACAUCAUCUGCAACAGUUGCGAUAAAAAGGCAUUUUCGAAAGCUGAGUACAUUUUCAAAGGAUACUUCAGGAACAAUAAAUCACCAGUCAGAUCAAUGUAAUCUUGUUCACACAGCAUCCAUUUCUCCAAAUAAUAAAUGUGACGUAAACAACUUGUCAGAAAAAGAUGAUCAUACAAUUCACUGUCCAACAAUUAUGUCUGCUCGAGCUAUUGCCAUUGCUCGUCUUCGAAAAUGGGCCGGAAGAAAAUCAGAAGGACCUUCGAAAACUGAGAACACCGGGACUUUCAGGGCUUUCCUUCGCCGUGGGCGUCAUCAAGCAGAAGUCCCAAUGAACUCGUUUGUCCGUAGUCGAGAAGCUCGUUCAGCAGUAACUAGUCCUACAUCAUCUCAAUUCGAAUUCCCUUCAAUACCUACCACUUUAACACACUCGGCUUCUGGUCAUUUGAUUGGACGAUCUGAACUAAGUUCGGAUGAUCUUGAAUAUAAGUAUUUGACCACUUCGGUUCCGUACCACCGAUCUCCCAGGAACGAAGGACCUACCGUUACCCAGUUGGAGCUGUUCAACGAUAUGCUUUUGGCCAUUUUAACGAACAAUCCAAAUCUGACACCUAUGCUCACCGAUUAUAUUCUUAAUGUUUACGCUCCAGCUGAUCGACGCUUAUCUAAACUUCCAAUUUAA